AUGGAGGCUCCGAAUACUAAGCCAUACAAGAUCACUUCUGAUGCGGUCUGGUUCGUUUCAGGAUGCUCGUCCGGCAUUGGGCAGUCGCUAGCCCAACUUAUCGCGAAAACGUCCAACCGGGUCGCGGCCACGGCUCGAAACCCUGCGGAUCUGUCUGAUAUCCCUGAUGGCGAGGACGUACUCAAGUUGCCGCUUGACGUGUGCUCAAAGUCAUCUAUCGAAUCUGCUCUGGCUGCUACCGUCAAGAAAUGGGGUCGCAUUGACAUUGUUGUCAAUAAUGCAGGCUACACACUUGCAGGCGAUGCUGAAGGCGCCGAAGAUGAGGAGGCUAGGGCUGUGAUGGAUACUAAUUUUUGGGGUAUGGUGGAUGUGACCAAGAAGGCACUCGGCAUCAUGCGGGAUGAAAACCCAAAGAGUGGUCAGCAGGGUGGAGUAAUUAUGAACAUCAGCUCAAUUGGGGGCUGGGCUGGCUUCCCAGGUCAGGCUUUCUACCACGCCAGCAAGUUUGCCAUGGAAGGGUGGACGGAAUCUGUCGCCAAAGAGCUGCCGACCGCAUGGAACAUCCAUCUCUCAAUUAUCGAGCCUGGUGGUGUUAAGACGAACUAUGCAACAUCCUCCUUGAAGAUGAUGAAAGGUCGCCAUCCCGCGUACUCGGACCCGAGUUCCCCAGCCAAUGCCUUGUUAGGGUAUAUCCAGAGCGAACAAGGACGCAGUACUUGGACCGAACCACAAGACCUCGCAGUAGCCAUCUAUGCUGUGGUCAGCAGCGGAAAUCGUGUGCCAAUUCGUGUUCCUCUCGGGCCAGACGCAUGGGGUCUGCUGAAUUCGGAUCUUGAGAGUAUCCGGAAGGAUUUGGACGAAUUCAAGAAUCUGAGCCUUGGUCUUGGUGAUUCUAAGCAGUUAGAAUCGAUCAACUUCCUAAGGAAGUAG